AUGGCAGCCGGUAGCAUGCGCUUCAGCCGAAUGGAUGAGAGCGACAGGCAAGCUGGACAAGACCUGGAGGAGUCACCUAUUCAGGAGGUGCCCUUGUCGGUUCUGCACAAGCGUGCUUCCCCAUUGAAUCUUAGCCAUCAGAGCCUGGCACAUGGCCUGGACAGCGCAAGAAGGCUGGACGCCUUGGAGUGGUUGGUCCAAGCCUUUGAUGCCCUGGACCUCGCAGACGAGCAGCUCUUUUCAGCUAUUGGUUUGCUGGACCGCUUCGCAGCGAAUGCCACGGCACCCAUUGCGGCAGGCCCAGGUGCCUUCGCUCUGGUGCUGGCCGUGAUGCUAGUGGCUCUGAAGGUCUCGGGCUUCAAGAAGGAUCUGGAACGAGCCAGACGCCUGGUUGUGGAGGUUUCGGGCUCCUCACGACCCUGGGCCGCGGUGCGCAAGGCGGAGUUCAGCAUCCUCCGGCGCUUGGGCUUCCGCGCCUGCACGCCCACGGCCUUCGACCUGCUGGACCGGUUGCUCUCGGAUCUCUUCCCGUCCCUAGCACUGCGUCUCACGGGAAACCCGUCGGCAGGGUCGGCUCCCAUGCCCUCUGCUGGAACCGAUCCAGCUAGCUGGGACCCGGAGUCCAAGCUGCGUUGCAGCAAUCUCGCAAGGUUCCUGCUAGAGAUGUGCGUGGUGUACGACCCCGAAGCCUUGUACGGCUCCGGUCGCCCUCCCUUGGUCAGCGCUGUGGCCGCUUUGCUCCUCAGCCUCUUGUCUCAUUCUGCUCCCAGACACUACGCGCAGAUGCUGGCCGAAGCAGUCCAUCUCACCGAGUCCAAUCGCACGACUUUGAUGGAGAUCGCAGAGGCCAUGCGCAGCCGUUGGGUCAUGGAAGAGCAGAAGAACGGGGCAAACGGCUCUGUGGUAUUGGAGAAGUGGCGCAGGCGAUCGGGUGCCUUCGAAGUGUCACCUCCAUCGCCGUAUGACCUGCGGGCCCUCACCUCGGGCAUUACCAUGGGGGCCCCGGUGAAAGCCGAACCGGCCCGGAGCUACGCUCCUGCCAAGGCAACGGGCUCCCCGACGAGGGCUCGACGUCUCACUGGUGCUGCGGAGGUGCUGUCCGCUUUGCCCACGCCAGCGCGGCGGGCACCCGGCGGCCAGCGGACGGAGGCCACGGCUGCGAGCUCUUCGACAAAGAACCCAUUGGGGCAAGGUCAACAGGGAUUACCGGCGCCGCGGCUCACACAAAAGCCGCCGAAGGAGGAGUCCCACAAGCAGCCCGCAAAGCCGCAGGAGGAGGAGGCCAGGCGACAGCAGGAGAACCAUCGGCCUCCGCGCCUCUCAGCGCCGCAAGAGCCUUUGGCCUUCUGGCCCAUGCAGACGGGCCCUCAAGGUGCAGGACCCGUGGCGGAGCCACCUGCUGAGCCUGUGGUGGAACCUGAGCCAUUACUGGAGCUGACGCACGUCUUGAACAUGGUGGCCCCACGUCCACAAAUACCACCCCCAUCCGGUGGGGCCAGCAACACGACAAAGCUUCAGACACCAUCAGUUGCAGCAGAUCUCUUGGUGCAGUCGGCUCUGCGCAUGCAGUGGCCGGCUGACAAGAGGAAGCUCGCACCAAAAGACGCAGCAAGCACAUGCCGCGAAGCGGCUGGCGUCCUGCAAGAGGCCAUCAACCAGCUGUCCUCAGCUGCCAAUGUCCUCGAAUGCGGCGGAAGUGGUGUGCGCGAAGUUGCGAAGACUUACUGCGCUGAGACGAAGCGUCGGAAGACCUACGCAGGACCUGCAGUUCCCGGCGCCGUCUCGCCUCCCGUAGGGGGGAGUGGCAGCGGCAGCACAGUCAGUAGCUUGUCACGAGCACCCGCCGUACCAGCUGUUUAUCGUGGGAGCCCUCCCAUGGUGCGGACCACCGGACUGAGAGUUUGA